UGCGCAUGUGCGGAGGCUGUGGUGGAGAGUGUGAGCAGUAAUAAACCUCGUGACCGGGGCCUCGGACACCGACCCUCACAGCGGCCAUUACCGACACCGCAACCACACACACUGACUUCCCCGUCUAAAGACCUUCCUCUCUGACAGUGCCUUCGGCCGCCCUCCCACCGCCACCCUCCUUGUCUCCUGAGCCCGGCCUCCCAGCCCUGGAACAAAACAUCGUGACGCUCCGGCGCCCUCGGACUUCUUUCUGACGUGAUUCUUCUCCACCGUGCUUCCGAAAACCAUGAGUAACCCAUACUCUGACCUUGUGGAAUCCCUGGAUCCUAACAUAAAGGAAAAGAAGUUCUACAAUAUCAGCAGUUUAAAAGACGCCAGAUAUGCACGUUUGCCAUUCUCUAUCCGAGUGCUUCUAGAAGCGGCUGUCAGAAACUGUGAUGGUUUUCUUGUGAAGAAAGACGAUGUGGAAAACAUAUUGAACUGGAAGGUGACCCAACACAAAAAUGUUGAAGUGCCUUUUAAACCUGCCCGUGUCAUCUUGCAGGACUUCACAGGUGUGCCUGCGGUGGUCGAUUUUGCUGCGAUGCGUGAUGCUGUGAAAAAACUAGGUGGAAAUCCAGAGAAGAUAAAUCCCAUUUGCCCUGCAGACCUGGUUAUUGAUCACUCUAUUCAAGUAGAUUUUAACAGGAGGGUGGACAGCUUACAGAAAAAUGAAGAAAUUGAAUUUGAGCGAAACAAGGAGAGAUUUGAGUUUUUAAAGUGGGGUUCUAAAGGUUUUCAAAACAUGAGGAUUAUCCCUCCUGGCUCAGGAAUUAUCCAUCAGGUGAAUUUGGAGUACUUGGCCCGGGUGGUAUUUGAUCAGGAUGGAUUCUACUACCCUGACAGCCUUGUGGGUACAGAUUCUCACACAACAAUGAUCGAUGGUCUUGGAGUUCUUGGCUGGGGUGUGGGUGGCAUUGAGGCUGAAGCGGUGAUGUUGGGCCAACCUAUUAGCAUGGUUCUUCCUCAAGUCGUUGGCUAUAAACUACUAGGCACCCCAGGGUCCUUAGUGACGUCAACAGACAUAGUCCUCACAAUCACAAAAAAUCUUCGCCAAGUUGGGGUUGUGGGGAAAUUCGUUGAGUUCUUUGGGCCAGGUGUGGUGCAACUGUCCAUCGCUGAUAGAGCAACUAUUUCCAACAUGUGUCCUGAGUAUGGUGCAACAGCAGCUUUCUUUCCAGUUGAUAAAAUAAACCUGAAGUACCUGGAACAAACCGGUCGAAGUGAAGAAAAGCUCAAUUAUAUUGAAAAAUACCUCAAAGCUGUCAGCAUGUUCAGAGAUUUCAGCGACCCAUCUCAGGAUCCAGAAUUUACUCAGGUUGUGGAUCUAGACCUCAGCUCUGUGGUCUCAUGCUGCAGUGGCCCCAAAAGACCUCAGGACAAAGUAUCUGUGUCAGAUAUGAAGACAGAUUUUGCAAGCUGCUUGGUUGCAAAGCAAGGAUUUAAAGGAUUCCAGAUUCCAUCUGCGCGUCUCGAAGACAAGGUGAAGUUUCAGUACAAUGAGCAGGAGUAUGAGCUGUCUCACGGUUCAGUUGUGAUUGCUGCCAUCACCAGCUGCACUAACACCAGCAACCCAUCCGUAAUGCUGGGAGCAGGGCUGUUGGCUAAGAAAGCAGUUGAAGCUGGCCUGAAUGUCAAACACUACAUCAAAACCAGUUUGUCUCCAGGAAGUGGUGUAGUUACCUACUAUUUGAAGGAGAGUGGAGUCAUGCCGUACCUCUCCAAAUUAGGGUUUGAUGUUGUUGGAUAUGGAUGCAUGACUUGCAUUGGCAACAGUGGUCCUCUCCCAGAGACUGUUGUGGAAGCAAUUACAAAGAGUGACCUUGUGGCAGUUGGAGUCCUGUCUGGGAACAGAAAUUUUGAAGGUCGCGUUCAUCCCAAUACACGUGCCAAUUAUUUGGCUUCACCCCCAUUGGUUAUUGCAUAUGCCAUAGCCGGGAGUGUCACCAUCGACUUUGAAAAAGAGCCAUUGGGUGUUGGUGUGGAAGGAAGAGAAAUCUAUCUAAGGGAUAUUUGGCCGACCAGGGAAGAAGUCCAAGUUGUGGAGAGGAAGUUUGUUAUUCCUGCCAUGUUCAAGGAGGUUUAUCAGAAGAUUGAGAAACGAAAUGAACGUUGGAAUGCUUUGAAUGCCCCUGGUGAUGAGCUGUACACAUGGAAUCCCAACUCAACCUACAUCAAGUCACCACCAUUUUUUGAAAACUUGACUCUGGCUCUUCAGGCUCCAAAGUCCAUUGUUGAUGCCUAUGUACUUUUGAACCUGGGUGAUUCGGUGACUACAGACCACAUCUCUCCAGCAGGGAAUAUUGCUAGAAACAGCCCAGCUGCUCGCUACUUAACUGACCGGGGGUUAACACCUCGAAUGUUCAACUCCUAUGGAUCCCGUAGAGGUAAUGAUGCAGUAAUGUCACGGGGGACGUUUGCAAACAUCCGUCUGUUUAAUAAAUUCCUGAAUAAGCAGGCACCGCAGACCCUUCACUUCCCUUCUGAAGAAACGCUUGAUAUAUAUGAUGCUGCAGAUCGCUAUCAGCAGGAGGGUUAUCCUCUCAUUAUCCUGGCUGGUAAGGAAUAUGGAUCGGGCAGUUCAAGAGACUGGGCAGCAAAGGGCCCCUACUUACUGGGAGUCAAAGCUGUCAUCGCUGAGAGCUACGAACGCAUUCACCGGAGCAACCUUGUAGGAAUGGGGAUAAUUCCCCUGGAAUAUCUGCCAGGACAGACUGCUGACACCCUGGAACUGACAGGCCGCGAACGUUACACUCUUAUCAUUCCUGAACUGUUGAAGCCAAGAAUGAGCAUGGAGAUUAGGCUUGACACAGGCAAGAUCUUUCAAGCCAUCAUGAGGUUCGACACUGAUGUAGAGCUGACCUAUUUCCUCCAUGGUGGUAUUCUAAACUAUAUGAUUCGCAAAACACUGUCAAAUUAGGUAAUGAUGAGGGGGCCGUGUCAGACAAACAGCAAAGCACUAAUUAUGGUCCAAAUCCCAUUUGUCUUUCAUGUUAUAGCAAUGACUGUUCUGGUUGGUGUAUGAAAUGUCCAUUGUUGGAGCAUUUUUUAAAAUCUAUAAACUUUUUAAAAUUUCAUUUGUUGACCAGCGAGGAAAGGUUAAGUCGUGACAACAUUUAUUUUUGAAAAUCAUCCACUGUUUAAAUUAAAACAAAAUAUUAAAGCACAUUUGAAAGGAC